CCAAGGUAACUCCGUCACUGCGUGAAUCCAGACUUCCUGUCAACAACCCCCCGUAUCUAGGGCACCAAGCUACCCUUCCUCCUCCCCCCUCAAAUAUUCAAUCAACUUUCAACCCACAGGCAGCCAACAAGCUCCUCUGAGUCAUCGACACACAAUCCGGUCAUCCUCUCCACCGCCAAUCCUCAGACCACCCAGUUUCUCCAGGACUUGACCUUUUUGUGUCCUCAGCCUUCAAGAUGUCUACUGCCGUCGAAAACACUACUCCCGACAACCAGGCCUCCACUGCCCCUACCACCGAGGCCUCCAACGGUACUGCCCCCGCAGCCCAGUCCGCCGCCGAUGCUGCUGCUGUCAGUGCUGAUGAAGGACGUCGGUUGUACAUUGGGAACCUCGCGUAUGCGACCACUGAGGGGGAGCUAAAGGAGUUUUUCAAUAAAUACACUAUUGAGAGCGUUUCCAUCCCUGUGAACCCUCGCAACAACCGCCCCGUUGGCUAUGCUUUCGUCGAUCUUGCUACCGCAUCUGAGGCCACUGCCGCUAUUGCAGAACUCUCUGGAAAGGAGAUCCUUCAACGCAAGGUCUCUGUUCAGCUUGCCCGCAAGCCGGAGCCCUUUAGAGCACACUGGCGGCCGUUACUAGAGGAUCCCGAUC